AUGUCCGACUGGUACGCCUUGCUUAUAUUGGGUGAUUACCAGAUUUGUGGGGCAAUCAAGGAUCUCAUUGUAGGUCUCCUAAUAUUUGGUUUUGUGAAAAUCGUACCACGAAACAAUGUUCUCGUUCGUGGAAGGUUUUCUCUUCACUCCAUCGACCAAGAUUUUCUUGUGAAAAUCGUUGAUAAACCUGUGGAAAAAAACCCAUAUGAAAUCUUCAGUUCUUGUAAUGGGUUGUUGCUUAUUAGGAUUCGCGAUCAUUUGUUCUUGUGGAAUCCGCUCACCAAGUGUUCGAUGAAAGUCCUCUCAUAUGAGCCCUUGUUGUGCACUAGUUAUAGUGUUGUUUCUAGGCUUUGCUUUGACUCAUUUAGUAAUGAGUAUAAGGCUGUAAUGGCCCUUUCUCAUGACAUUACACUCUUCGGUGGUGAAUUCGUUGUAGUUAGUAGUUUCCGAAGCAAAACUUGGACAGAGAUCAACUUCCCAUACCAUUUUUGUAGUGUGAAUUCAGGUCCUGUGGUGAAUGAAAAUCUACAUUGGUUUGCCUCUGAUAAAAGUUCAGAUCACUUCUUUGCACCCCAUGAAAUCGUUUACUUCAAUCCGCGAAUGAACAAAUUCAAGAAAUUACCAAUGCCACAACUUAAGAAUGGACAUGGAGAUAUUAUGCUUGGUUUGGGAGUUUUGGAAGGAUGCCUUUGUAUGGUUAGACUCAGGAGAGGAGGAAUGCGGAGUAUCAGACUUAGAAGAGGAACAGAACCAUGGAUAGCCAUGGGAAGAGGUGAAGUUGGCGAAGUUGUGACACGAGAUAGAGUUAAUCCUAGUUAA